AUGGAUGAAUUACUUGCACCGAUUCGGGAUGCCCUAGAGGGUCAGAUUGACUUCCAUGGCCAGCGCCUUGCUGAGCUGCUAAGCACCGUGUUGCUAGUGAUCUCUGGAAUUGUCAGCUUCCUCGUCGGAUACAUCUACAAAGACAUCUACCUUACACUCUGGGUUGGCUUAGGUGGCACCGUGUUCACUGCUCUUGUGGUAGUCCCACCGUGGCCUUUCUACAACCAGAAUCCCGAGAAAUGGUUCAAUAAAUCAAAGAAAUCAGGGAAUCCACGCGUGGUAGUCGAUGGAGUUAAGGUGGCAUGA